AUGGCGAAGCACAAGGCGUCGACGAGCCGCCUCAACAAGAUCGAGACCCGCAAAAAGGCGAAGCGCGAGAAGCGCAACGCCCGCGACCGCCGCCGCCGCGCGAUCUCCUUCGCAGUAGCCGCCGCGAAUCUCGGCGCGGAGGCGCAAGAUAUUCUUGUGCCGUCGAAGCAGCAGCAGGGAGCGCCGCCCGCGAAAGCCGUCCGGGAAGCUUCGAAGAAGCGGCGGAAGACGAAGCCGGCGGGGCUGCAGAUCUACUGGCAUUUGGCCUCCGUGAGACGCGGGCCGCGAGAAACGGCGGCGGUAGCAUUGGUUUUGGAGUUGACGACGGCGCAAAAGGCGUACCUCCGCGCGCAAGGAGGGGGGAAGAAGGGUGCUGGGAAGAAGGACGGGGGAAAUGUGAAAAACUCUAGCGGAAAUGGGACGACAGAGGGUUCAGGGCUUAAGAAGGGUUCAGAGGAUGAGAGUUCGGAAGAGGAGGAAAACGAGAGUGAGGAGGAAGAGGAGGCGAGUGACGAGGAGACAGAGGACGAAGAGGAGAGUGGGGAAGAGGACGAAGAGGAGGAGGAUGAAGAGGAUGAAAUGGAAGAAGAGGAGGAGGGCGAAGAGACGAAGGGUGUUUUAAAGCUGGAGGGGUGUUGCGACGAGAUUACGUACGCCGUGAAGAGGUUGAUCAGAGGCCUUGAGUCGUCCCGCGGGGGCGCAAGGCAAGGUUACUCCGUGGCCCUCGCCGCCUGCCUCCGCGCGCUGCCCUCUCUGCACUCACACCUGCCGGCCAUUGCGGCUGCUAUUCCGUUGCUCAUUCCUCUCCCCAACAACGCCCGGGGAAAGGUCGCCUCUGAGGCCCUUUUUGGGCGCAUGUUCGCCGUGGGUGCUCUCAUCAGCAGCAGCCCUCUCACUCCCCUCAAAUUCUCUCCCCUCCCCUUCUUCCCCAAAACCCCCUUCCCUCAGGACGCCUCUGAAGCCCUCUUUGGUCGCAUGUUCGCCCUCGGCUCUCUCAUCCGGAGCGGCCUUCUUGCAUCUCCUUCCUCCCUUUCCUCCACAACCGAAAAGCCAGCAGCAGCGGCAGCAGGAGGGGGGGAGACGGGGUGGGUGGUGGGGAGGGGGGGGUGGUUACCGGGGGAGGUUGUAUCUCAGCUCCUGAGGGUCGGCGAGCAACGGUCUUUCCUUGCCGAGCCUGCAACGGUGCUGCUGGUGGCACUGAUUUCGCAGCUCCCCCCCUCCUCCGUCCCACGCAUCCUCGCCCUGCCACCCAUUUCCGCCUUCCUCUCUCAGGACCCCGCCCACUCCUCCCCCGAAGCUCUACACCCCGCGCUCAAGCUAUGGCAGCUUGGGGAGGCAGGGGAGGAGAGAGGGCAGGGAACGCCCAGGUUUCCAGGAUCCCCUCUUCCGGCCUCCUCCCUCCCGCGAAUCCUCGCCCUGCCACCCAUUACCGCUUUCCUCUCUCAAGACCCCUCCGAUUCUUCCCCCGAGGCCCUGCACCUGGCGCUCAAGCUGUGGCAGCUGGGGGAAGCAGGGGUAGGGGGAGGGGAGGGAGGAGAGGACGGAGGAGAGGAAGGAGAAAGAGGGGCAGGAAAAAAAUCGGGGAAAAAGGGGGCCAAAGGGCGGAAAUAUGCUGCUGGAGCAGGGGCGGAGACGGGCAGCGGAAACACAUUUCUGCGCACGCUGCUGGAGCUUUGCCCUCUGCUGCCGCAGUCCGGUCGGGCAGAAGAUUUUUUCAGCGCCGCCCAUCUGGAGAAGCUGCUGCCCGUGCUGCAAAAUAGUUCCUCCUCCCACCCACGCCUGCAUGCCGUGUGGGCGUUGCUUCUAGACCGCCUCUUCUCACUCCCCCUCCCCUCUCUCCCUCUCCCCUCUCUCUCUCCCCCCUCCUCCUCCUCCCCCUCUUCCCUGCUCGCGUCCCUCCCAUUUCUCUCCCCCGCUUUCUCCAAACCCUCCUCUUCCUCCUCCUCUCCCCUCCCCUCCUCAGCCCUUUCGACUUUCUGGUCUAUAAUAGUAGACAGGGGACUAAUCCCUUCCUCUCACGAAAGGAGGUAUUUGGCUAUUAAUCUCUUGCUGCUCCUAAUCCCGCGCCUCCCUCCCACCACCACGGCCCACGUCAUCCUCUCUCGACCAAUCACGCGCUGCUUAAUGGACGCGCUGGGGGCGGGGAGCAGGGCGCACCUGUUCCCGCUGAGUCAGCGCUGCGUCGCGCUGAUUCAGCGAUGGCCCACCUUGGGGGAAGUGGGGGAAGGAGGGGAAGGGGAGGGGGAGGAGGGGGAGGACGGGGGAGGGCGGGGAGGGGGAAUAGAGGGCAAGCAGGGGAAUGAAGGGAAGGAGGCGGAAGGGGGGAAAAUCAAGGCAGCAAAAUCAGCGGCAUCACCAGCAGCAGCGGCAGCAGCAGAAAUGGAAUCAGCAGCAGCAAGGCUUGCUAUCCUGACCACCCUGCAGCAGCACUCUAAAGGGCAGUUCGAUACAGUCACACGCAGCAAUGCUGUUCGCUUGCUUGCAGCGGGGAUUGCAGGGGUUGAGGGGGAGAGGGCGUAUUACGGGUUUCUGCAGUCUGUGUUUGCCCGCCCCGGGGAGUUUGUGGGUUUAGGGGGAGAGGUGAGGGAGACGGGGAGAGGCGGGGACGGGAGGGGAGGGAGAGGAGGGAAGGAGGGGAAGAAGGGGAAGGAAGGGAAGUGGGGGAGUGCGGUUGGGGAGGAGAAAGGAGGAGGGGAGAAGGAGUGGGAGCGAGAGGCAGAAGCGGAGAAAUGGCGGUUUUGGGCGCUGGAUCAGAUGUGUAGGCUGGUAUCAAAACCAGUUCCCAAACCGGCGCUUAGCCUAAGGAAAACGCUUAAGCAGCUGAAGAAGAAGAGUGUUUUGAACGCUGAUGCUGCUAAAACGGCGGAUGGUGCAGGAGAAGAGGAGGGGAAGGAAAGGGAGGGAGUGGAGGUGAGAGAAGAGGAGGAGAGGAGGAGGAGGGAAGCAGACGAGGCAGUGAAGGCAGUGUGGGAGCAUGUGACUCUAAGGAAGGUGAUUCUAGGAUUCAUUAUGAGAGUCAUAUUAAAGGGCGGCGAAAUUCAGGCUGAAAACGGUGGGGGGUUGGCGACAGUCGUAGGAGGAGAGGAGGAGGAGGAAACUCGGAGGAAGGGAAAGAAAGGGAAGAAAGGGAGCAAAGAGGGAAAGCGGAACGAGAAGCAGCAGGACGAGCAGGGGCAGCAGGGGCAGCAGGGGCGAGAGUCAGAGUCAGGGGCUCUCUCUUUUGAGUCGACUGAAAAGUCACGAGGGCUGGAGUCAGAGGCUCGGCCUCUCUCUUUCUCCCCUGUCGUGUCUGGAGGUGUGCUGGCUGCUUGCCGGUCCCGGUUCUUAUCCUCGUUAGAAGCUCUUUUCAAGCAGCUGGACUAUUUCGUUAAGAGCCCUGAGGGGAGAGAGGUGGAGAGGGCUUUGGGGGCCGGGAGAGAGGGGAGCGAAAGGGAGGGAGGGAAGGAAGGGAAGGAGGGGAAGGGCACUGAAGGCGUGAGUAUAAAGGGAGCGGGAUUGUGGGUGGUCGAGCAGCUAGCAUGGGAGGGUGAGGGGUGGAUGGAAGGGAGGAGGAGAGCGGGUGUCGAGAAUGGAACGAUGGAGGUUGAUGGGAAAGAGGAGGGGAGUGAGAAAGAGGAGGAGGAAGAAGGGGAGGAUGUGGAGGCAGUUGCAAGAGGGUUGAAACAAACACUCAAGCUCGUUGCUCAAGCGAAAGAGGAGCGGGCUGAACUGGCUUUUGGGUCGACUCAACAGUCACUCAAGCUUGUCACUCAAGUGAAAGAGGAGGGCGCUGAAAGUGCCAAUCAAGCGACCCUGCCAGUCCCUGCUUUUGCGUCUCCUCUGCUUGAAGCUCGGAGGAAGGCAGUUGGCGUGCUCCUAGGGACGCUCCUGCUCUGCAUUCGCAUCCAAACCUCCGCCGAAGCUGCUGCCGAAGCUGCCGCCGAGGCUGUUGCAGAGGCUGGUGCGGGUGGGGAUGGGGGGGUUCAGAAGGCGAAAGAGAGUGAAGGUAGUGGGGAUGAGGAUGAGGAGAAGGAGGAAGAGGAGGAGGAGGAGGGUGCUGCUUCUCCUCCUGCUGGUGCUGCUGGUGCCGGUGGUGCUGUUGCCGGUGGUGCUGUUGCCGGUGGUGCUGUUGCCGGUGGUGGUGACGUGGAUGUUCUUCUGGAAGCUGCUGCUGACGUCACUGCCAUUGCGCGCCAGCUGGCGGCCUCUGGUUGGUUGAUUCCCAAGGGAGGGAAGGCUGGCGCGAAUGGAAGUUUGGGAGGGAAGGGGAGAGGAAAGAGGGUGGUAGAUGGUGAGGAGAGUGAGGAGAGUGAGGAGGAAGAGGAGGAGGAGGAGGAGGAGGAGGAGGAGGAAGAGGAGGAGGAGGAAAAGACAAAGGAUGUGAUGCUGUCAUUGGUGGAUGUAGUUUUGUCCUUACUGGCGCAGGAAUCCUCUCUUCUGAGAGGGGCGGCGGAGGGUGUCUUUAGCGCCUUCUGCAACGAUCUGACUGCCGAGGCCCUUGAGACUAUAAUGGAGGUGGUUGUAACGAAUCCUAGGAGCAAGAAGAGAGAGGAGGUGCUGGAAGGGGAGGAGGAGGAGGAAGAGGAAGAGGAGGAGAGUGGAGAGGAAGGGUCGGAAGGUGAAGAAGGCAGUGAAGAUGAGGAAGAGGAGGAGGAAGAGGAGGAGGACGACGAGGAGGACGCUGCGUUAAGAAAAGCUAUCAAGGAAGCGAACGAAAACAGCAUCGGUAACCCCAACGGCAGCAUGAGCGACAGUGACAAUGAGGAGUUGAUGGACGAUGCGGCCAUGUUCCGAAUCGACCAGCACCUGGCCGACAUUGUUCGGCAGAAAGUGGAGGCAGAGACUCGCCGCAAACGCCGGCAGAGCAUCUUGCUGGGAGAGCACUUCCGCCUGCGCGCCUUGUCGCUCCUUGACACGUGGCUCGCACACGCUCCCAGUGCUUACUCCCACGCACGCUCCCUCUCGUUUGAAGAGCCUCACUCGUUAGAAGGCAGGAAGCCUCUUUCGUGCGAUCCGCUGGUGCUUGCGGUGGUGCCGCGGCUGCUGAAGGCGGCAGCGGGGAACUAUGCGGCGAAAGGCAGCUUGAAGGGCGGGAAGGGCGGGGGAGGCGGCGAGGGGAGGGGGGGCACCGGGCAUGAUGCUGUGCUGGUGAGGGUUGAGAGGAUGCUGGAGAGGCGGGUGGUUGGUGCUGUGGUGGUUGUGGGGGGAGGAGCAGGGAAAGGAGGAGGGAAGGGAGGAGGAGGGAAGGGAGGAGGGGGGAAGGGGGGAGGGAAGGGUGCUGCUGCUGGUCAGGAAGAGGAGGAAGAGGAGGGGGAGGAGGAGAUGAGGAGGAUAGCAAUCGAAAGGCAGCAGGAGCGGCAGCAGGAGAGAGAGGAUGAGGCUAUUCUGCUUGCCGCCCGGGCGGCCAUGCAGGAGUGUUUCGCAGAGGCCACCCGGCGAACCUCCAUCCGGCACCUGGCGCUCGUCGCGGGAGAUUGUGCCAUGUGGCUCUGCCACGUCAUCCAGGCGCGGCUCUUAGCUAAGUCCCAGCAGGAAGCGAUUUCUAAUCGCGAUCAGGAGAAAAACGCCAAGCCUCAGCAACAGCAGCAGCGGGGGAAGAAGCAGCAGGGGAAGCAGGGGAAUGCGUUCAAGGCAUCUUUGAUCGAUUCAUCCGUUCUAGACGCCUUUUCUUCGGCCAUUUCCCGAAUCCUUGAUUCUCGGGAUUGCCCUCUCCCUCUGACCUUUAUCCGCGACACUCUCGCUCGCUUUCCCGGAAUGUUUUCCGCUCUCAUUCCGUACUUUUUCAGAAAGUGUGGCUCGGGCAGGUCGGAGUUCGUCCGGGCAGCUGCGAUAAAACUCGUCACGCCGUUCCUGAACCGUUUUCCGCUGCCCGAGGGGGCCGCGGAGGUGCUAUCCGGGCAGGUAGAAAAGGGGGUGGUGGGGAAACUGCUGAUCGAAACCCUAAAGCAUGAGUAUGGGAAGUUAGAGCGGUGGGAGUUGGGACUUGAUUUCUGCUGUGCUCUGCUGCGGUCUGUAGGCCAUGCAGACGAGUUCCUAGCAGCAGCUGCUCUCAAGGCGGACGAAGAAUCUUCUAAGAAGGUUCCAAACGGCAGCGAGAGGGUUGGGAGUGAAGGCUCGGGUGCUCCUCCGAAGCUCCUCCAGGCCUUGGAUGUUGAGGGGCUGAAGGCAGCUUCGGCCGAACCUGCGUCGGUGCAGCGGGUAAAAGGGAAGGGGAGGACCAGGCAGGUGAUUGCACAGUUGCAGCGGCUGGUGGCAGCUGUAGAGGCUGUGAGGGAGGGGAGGGCGGGGAGUUUGCGAGAGGGAGUGAAUGUGGUUUUGGGGCGUGUGAAGGGAGGGAAGGGGACUGGGGUUGAGGAGGAGGGUGUGGAGGAGGUAGCGGAGGUUGGAGAGGAUAUGGAUGGGGAUGGAGAGAAGCGAGGGGGAAAGGGUGGGAAGAGGGGGAAGGGAGGGAAGGGUAAGCGGAAGCAGGUUGGGGAAGCAGAUGGGAAGGAGGUGAAGGAGGAGAGGGAGGAGGAGAAGGAGAAGCAGAGUGAGCAGGCGGAGGAGCAAGUGAAAGGGAAACAGAAGCUGAAGGAGAAGAAAGGGGGGGGUCAGGAGGAGGAGGGGAAGAAGAGAAAGAAGCAGAAGAAAAGCACAGGUGGUGAGGAGCAGUAA